AUGGACGAACUAAUAGCCCGCCACAAAAAAGAACAGCGAGACUUGGUUGCCACCAUCACGUCGCUUAAAAAACAAGCAAGCAAGAAAACUCGAAAGGCAGUGAACUCAAAAUGUACGGCUAUGCAAGAGGACCUCGAUGCACGGCAGCGCAAAGAGAUUCGAGAAUUGAAUGGCGAAGCACAUGAAGAGGAGGAGAACACGGAGAUAACUCCGGAACAGCUUCUAGCCACAUUGAGUGUUGAGGACCAGAUGCCCGCUUCAGCUACAGACAACGGUAUAACUAGUGAACAGACGAGUGCACCUCCGGCCAAAAAAAGAAACCGGGCAAAAGAGAAGUUGGCGAAAAGACAGGCGCAGAUAGACGCCAUCAAGGCAGAAGCCCGCGAAGAAGCAGCCAAUCUGGUGGAUUACAGAGCGAUAGAACAAGAGCUGAUGACUAAGCUUUUGGAUUCCCAAGGUUUGACGUUGCAUGAGAUCAAACCCGACGGCCAUUGUCUUUUCCUGUCGAUACAAGACCAGCUUAGAUUACGCAGAAAUCUCGAACUUCUGGUGCUGGAACUACGUAAAGCUGCUGCCGAUUAUAUUCGGGCACAUUCCGACGACUUUGUGCCCUAUUUAUUUGAUGAGGCAACGAUGCAGUUGCGCGAUGUCAACAGUUACACUGAGGAAUUGGAGAACACUGCGAUGUGGGGUUCUGACAUGGAGCUCUUGGCGUUCUCGAAGAUUUAUGAUUGCCCCAUCAAGGUUUUCAUGGCGGGAAAUGCUCCAAUAGUAUUCAACGAGGAGGGCGCAGGCGAAACGCUAUAUGUCGCUUACUUCAAGCACUCCUACGGUCUAGGCGAACAUUAUAAUUCCUGUCGAUGA